UGAUCCCAGUCUCCUACCAGACCACUCUAAAAUCUUCUUCUUUGUUCGAGAUUUUCGAUGGCCAAAUUCCAAUACUACCCUCACAGCUUCCAUUGAAAUUCAAAUUCCCUCAAACUUUACAUAAAUAAUCAUCCAAUUUCUCCCUGCAAUCCUUCAAUUUUGCGUUCUAUAGGAUUUUGAUAGGCUCGCCCAUGGGUGAAUGCAAAAUGGACGACAUGUCUCUCCCAUCUCUGUUCGAGGAAGCCCGGAAGAUCCAUUUAAUGGCGACGGAAUUCGCUGCUGAUCAGGAGAUGGUGAAAAAGGGAUGUAAGGCACUGGAGAGAUGUGAGGAAAUGAUCUGUAAACUUGGGUUGUUCUCAGCCAAUGAGACCAAGGAUGAUAUCAGCACUACUAAUCUUAAAUACAUUCUGGUUCCAUACUAUCUUGGUGAGCGGACUGAAAAAAUAGCACAGGAUGAUAGGAUGCAAAUUCUUAAGGCUUCCCAGGCAAAGUUAAAGGAAUUCCUUUCUUUUUGUGAGACAUUGGAACUUGUACCGGAGGAGGAAUUACAUACAUCUUCUCAAGGGGGUUCAAAUUCUUUUGCAGAAAGAAGAGCCCAAAAGAUUGCCCGAUUCAAUCGCCAAAAAGCUGCUCAAGCAAAGCUGCUGGAAAUAAAGGAGCGAAAAGAACGACGUGGCCGUUCAACUAGGGCAACUGCCUUAUCAACUCCAGUUGAGGCUGGAGAAGAAGAUGUAUUGGAUGAUGAUGGAGAAGAAGAGCGGGAGGCUUGGCUUGCUAUGAUCUCUUUGGCCAUAUGUAAGGCAAUCGAUCUGCUUGACAUGUUAAAGAAGGAGGAAGAAAUCCUUUCUGUUAUAAAGGAAAGACAACUCAAGGAAGGGGACAAGGAAUUUUCGCAAUCUAUUCUUGAUGAGCGAACAAAGAAAGCAGAAGCUUGGCACCGUGAAGCUGCUGCUCGAGCGCAAUACACCAAGCCAGCACCACCUAUCACCUGUGCUACUUUUGCUCAAGAUGUUCUAGAAGGGAGAGCAAACGUUUCGCAGGCACAUGAUCACAAGCACCAGCCAAUGAUAUUUGGACCGGCAAGUCUUGUAGGUGGAAGUCUAACAAGUGAAAGGGAAAGGAUGGCAGCACAAGUAUUCCAACCUAGCCACAGGUUGCCAACCAUGAGUAUAGAAGAAGCUGGGUUGAGGGAGAUGGAGAUCAUGAAUAAAUGGCAAGAGAGAAAUGCUAAACUCAUGGCAGAAGCCAACUCUGCAUGGUACAAGGACGGUCCAAAGGUAAAAUCUGGUGAAGAAGAAGAUGAUGAAGAUGAUGAUGCAGCUGUGCAGAAGGCAAGGGCAUGGGAUGACUGGAAAGAUGAUAAUCCUCGGGGUGCUGGUAAUAAGAAGCUCACCCCCUGCGGUUAAAGGUGGCGUCUUUGGGACAUCGUUAAAGAUUUUGCAGACAUUCAUUUAAAUCCUAGCUUCUGAUAUGUUUGUUCAACAAAAUUUUGGUUCAAUGUCUGUUUAUUCCAGUGUUGCCUUAAUCCUUGAAACAGUCAGGGCCCUGAUUCUGUGUGUACGUUCUGACUUGUGUGGGAAAUAUCAGCUGGCAGAUCAACAGAGUUAACUGGAUCUUAUGGGUAAUAUCCCGUGUGUAGUAUAAUGUGUGAGGACACAUUUCUGUAUAUUUUGUUUCUUUACUUCAAACAAAUUUGGUUGUUUUUUA